GGCAAAAAGAUAAAAUUGGCAAAGCUCUCACACUACACACACUUAUGUGAAUCAACACCCACCUCUCUCCUCAGCCUACUGCCUGAGGAAAGCCGCCUCAUAUGACAUAGCUCAGUUACUCCAGCUCACCUACACACACAGAGAGACAGAGAGAGAGAGAGUCUGCAUGUCUAUCUGAGACACAGAGAAAGAGGAGAGAGAGAGAGAGAGAGAGAGAGACUGAUAUUGUUGUGUUCUGUUGUGUACACACCAACAGAGAGAAAAAGAGAGAAGCCCUAGCAGAGGUGUAAGAACCAGUAGGGUUUCAAUUACAAUUACACCUACACUCCUUACUGGUGUGUUUCUCUGGGUUUUCCACACUUUCAUAUGCUAAAGUUUCCAACUUCUCUCUCUAUCUCUCUCAUUCACUCUCAGUCAGUCAAUAAUACCCUCCAAUCCCCCAACAUGCCCAUUAAAGCCCAUCCAAGUCUCACCCCCCAGCUUUUCCACCCUUUCUUUCCUCAUUAAUCUCUCUCUCUCUCUCUCUCUCAUCUUUCUGCACAGAUCAAGAGGUUCUUUAAUUAGAAAAAGCUUUACAGUGAAGUGGGUUUUGAAGGAAAAAAUGUUGGAGUACGAAUGGGGCAACCCAUCCACAGUCAUCUUCUCCGCCGAAGAUUCCGACCAAUCUCGUCAGAUUUUCGAUCAAUCCUUCAACGAAACACUCCUUCAUCAAACCGGCUUCUCUCAACCCCACUACCACUUCCAUCAAAACCCGACCCAGACCCAAACCCAUACCCAUUCCCACUUUCACUCUCUCUAUGACCCUCGAUCCUUAUUCGCUCCCUCCUACCCGCCUCCCUCUCCGGCGUUUCUCCCACCGGUGGCCGGUCCAACCGGUUUUGUGCCGAAGAGUGAACCGGGUGGGGGGGUCGUGGACUUUGGGUCGAGGAUUGGGUUGAAUUUGGGUGGCCGGACUUACUUCGCCUCGUCGUCGGGGGACGAUUUUGUGAACCGGAUGUACCGGCGGCCGAGGUCCGUUGAACCGGGUUCGAUGAUCAACUCGCCGAGGUGUCAAGCCGAGGGCUGCAUUGCCGAUCUGACUCACUCGAAGCACUACCACCGCCGCCACAAGGUCUGCGAGUUUCACUCCAAAGCCGCCACCGUCGUCACCGCCGGCUUGACUCAGCGAUUCUGUCAACAAUGCAGCAGAUUCCACCAGCUUUCGGAGUUUGACAACGGGAAAAGAAGCUGCCGGAAACGGUUGGCUGAUCACAACCGGCGACGCCGUAAGUCUCAUCAUCAGCUUCCAAACCAUGAAACCAAGUCCCAGCUCCAAAAUGCUCGCCAUUCAUCUUCUGAAAACCUUGCAAGGACUUCGGCAAACUCUGAAGCUCAAUCGUCUUCGUUGGUGACAAUGGCGAUCUCACCACCGCGAAUAUCAUUGGAUUGUUUUCGGCAAAGAUUAUUUCAGGCUACCACAACGACUCCAUCACUGUCAACAAGCUCACUCUUUUUCUCAAGUGGGUAAUUUUCAGGCAAUGUAAAAUCUCAAGCUCCAUCAACAAUGGAUGACUAGUGAAGAAUAUCAAGGAAUUAAUAGGUGUUUUAACAAAUUGUUGCUAAUUUCGUAAUUUUAUAGAGACGUGAAAAUGUUGUAUUUAUCUAUAAAAGCUUUCCUACUCUACAAAUUGAAGUUUCAACUGUGGAAUUCAAUUUAUUCUCAAAAUUAAACAUUAUAGUGUGUGGAUAAAUUUUAUUAUCACAUUAUGAUAAAAUGUGAUUAACAA